AUGUCAUCAAAGCGCCAUCGCGUUGUUUUUAUCGCAGCUCUUACUACACUCUUUUUCUUCUACCUUCAAAGCCAAACAGGCCAAAGAACAUCAUCAUGGCUAUCACAUGUCGAAAAAGACAUUGACUGGUCGCGUUUCGCGUACACACAAUAUGUCACGAACAGCGAGUAUUUGUGUAACUCACUUAUGUUCUUUGAAUCUCUGAAGCGUCACGGAAGUCGACCCGAUCGUGUAAUGAUGGUUCCUGAAAGCAUGCUUGAGCCAGAAAUGGUCAACUCAAGUGAUGCUUAUCUGUUGAACAAAGCGCGCGACGAGUAUAACGUCAAGCUUGUUCCGAUCACCAUUCAGACCAACUGGGCAGGUGACGCUACCUGGGCAGACUCAUACACCAAGCUUCUAGCAUUUAACCAGACUAAGUACAAUCGUGUGCUGUCCAUCGACUCAGAUUCUCUCCUGCUCCAAGCAAUGGAUGAACUGUUCUUCCUUCCAGAUGCACCUGUAGCUAUGCCUCGAGCAUACUGGAUAUCCCCCGAGAAGGUCCUCUCAUCACAACUCAUGCUUAUUCAGCCCUCGGAGAUAGAGUUCUCCCGCAUUAUGAAAAGAGUGCAGUCAGUAAAGUCUGGCGAGUAUGACAUGGAAAUUGUCAACCAGCUCUAUGGCGACAGCGCCUUGAUCUUUCCUCACCGCCGCUAUGACCUACUCAGCGGCGAAUUCCGCAACGACAAGCAUGCUCACUACCUUGGUUCAGAGCUCGAGACCUGGGAUCCUGCUGCGGCGUAUAGCGAGGCUAAGUUAAUUCACUUUUCGGAUUGGCCGCUCCCAAAACCUUGGAAGCCUAUGCCUGAGGAAGAUAGACUUGCGGCACAACCAAAUUGUACACAAACGACAAGCGGGGAAGAGGAUUGUACUGCGAGAAUAAUUUGGAACUCACUGUAUACUGACUUCAGAGCGAAGAGAAAGGAAAUAUGUGAUUAUCGUGUGGAGACAAGAGAGUCUGCUGCAAGUGGAACGAUGUUGGUCUAG